CGUAUUACAAGAUGGCGGAUUUUGGACGUUAACAAGGAGGCCGUCAGAGUUGUUGUGCUCUCUUUUAGAUUUAAACCUGGUCGUUUGCACCUCCUGACUAGCUACUUGAGAGCGUAAUGUGUUCAUGAAGUAGUGACCGAUAAUUUCAACUGUUAUCGGGAGCUCUAUUUAACGGUGCAUGUUGUGUAACAUGCGGCUGGAAAACACCAGGCGGCUGAUGUGGUAGCCCGUUAGCAUCGUGCUAGCUCCCACUCCAACUUAACCAUGUCGGACACUCGGCGGAGAGUUAAGGUGUACACACUAAACGAGGACCGACAGUGGGACGACCGGGGUACAGGGCAUGUUUCGUCCACUUUUGUUGAACGACUGAAGGGGACAUCCCUAUUAGUGCGGGCCGAAUCUGAUGGGUCUCUACUAUUGGAGUCGAAAAUAAGCCCCAACACUGCAUAUCAGAAACAACAGGACACCCUCAUUGUGUGGUCAGAAGCGGACAAUUAUGACCUGGCCCUGAGCUUCCAGGAAAAAGCUGGCUGUGAUGAGAUCUGGGAAAAGAUUUGCCAGGUGCAAGGGAAGGACCCCGCCCUGGACAUCACCCAGGAUCCAAUUGAUGAGUCAGAGGAGGAGAGAUUUGAGGAGAUCCCCGAGACAAGUCAUCUCGUGGAGCUCCCACCCUGUGAACUGAGUCGUUUGGAGGAGAUUGCUGACCUGGUGACGUCUGUGCUCUCCUCUCCCAUCAGAAGGGAAAAACUGGCCCUGGCCCUCAUGAGCGAGGGCUAUCUCAAGAAACUCCUUGGGCUCUUCAGAGUUUGUGAGGACCUGGACAACAGGGAAGGCCUCCAUCACCUCUAUGAGAUUGUACGAGGGGUCUUGUUCCUCAACAAAGCAGCACUGUUUGAGGUGAUGUUCUCUGACGACUGUAUCAUGGAUGUGGUGGGUUGCCUGGAGUACGACCCGGCGCUUGUUCAGCCGAAACGUCAUCGAGAGUUUUUGACCAAGACGGCAAAAUUUAAGGAAGUGAUACCGAUCACAGACUCUGAGUUGAGACAGAAGAUCCAUCAAACUUACAGAGUCCAGUACAUCCAGGAUAUCAUCUUGCCUACUCCAUCAGUGUUUGAAGAGAACUUUCUCUCUACACUCACCUCCUUCAUCUUUUUCAACAAGGUGGACAUAGUCAGCAUGUUGCAGGAGGAUGAGAAGUUCCUCACUGAGGUUUUUGCACAGCUAACGGAUGAAGCCACAGAGGACAGUAAAAGAAGAGAGCUUGUCAACUUUGUCAAGGAAUUCUGUGCAUUCUCACAAACGUUGCAGCCACAAAACAGGGAUGCGUUCUUCAAAACUCUGGCAAAUCUUGGCAUCCUGCCGGCUCUUGAAAUCGUCAUGGGAAUGGACGACCUGCAGGUGCGAGGUGCAGCCACAGACAUCUUCUCUUACCUGGUGGAGUUUAGCCCCUCCAUGGUUCGAGAGUUUGUCAUGCAGGAGCCGCAGCAGACGGACGAUGAUGUGCUUUUGAUUAACGUGGUGAUCAAGCAGAUGAUCUGUGACUCGGACCCGGAGUUGGGCGGCGCCGUCCAGCUGAUGGGUCUGCUCAGGACGUUGAUCGACCCAGAGAACAUGCUGGCCUCCACCAACAAAACGGAGAAGACUGAGUUUCUUAGCUUCUUCUACAAGUACUGCAUGCAUGUGCUCACGGCUCCUCUGCUGGCCAACACAGCACAUGACAAGAGCACGAAAGAUCUGCAGGAGGGGUCCACCAAGGUCAACCCGGUGUGUCCAGAUAACUUCCAGACUGCACAGCUGCUGGCACUGAUCCUGGAGCUCCUCACAUUCUGUGUGGAGCAUCACACGUAUCACAUCAAGACCUACAUCAUGAACAAAGAUCUGCUCAGGAGAGUGCUGGUGCUCAUGAACUCCAAACACACCUUCCUGGCUCUUUGUGCCCUGCGCUUCAUGCGCCGCAUCAUCGGCCUGAAGGACGAGUACUACAACCGCUACAUCAUAAAAGGGAACCUGUUUGAACCGGUCAUCAACGCUUUGCUGGACAACGGAACCAGAUACAACCUCCUCAACUCGGCCAUCAUUGAGCUCUUUGAGUUCAUCAAAGUGGAGGACAUCAAGUCCCUCAUCGCUCACAUCGUGGACAACUUCUACAAGGCUCUGGAGUCCAUCGAGUACGUACAGACGUUCAAGGGCCUGAAGGGUCGAUACGAGCAAGAGAAGGACCGUCAGAGUCAGAGACUCAACAGGUAUCGCAGAGACGCUCGCUGUCUGGACGAAGAUGAGGAGCUCUGGUUCAAUGACGACGACGAUGACGAGGAUGGGGAGACGGUGGAGAAGAGCCGGAUUGAGGAGGAGUUCUCUGACAGCUACGAGAAGUACAUGGAGGCCAAAAAAGGAGCUGCCAACGGUGCCAACAACGGGAAGGCUGCCGGGAUCCCUCCCGUCUCACAAGCCGUCACUCCGAACAACAGUUCAGCCUCAUCCGUCAAGACUGUCUCUCUGCCGGCUACGCCUGUCGUCAAGACUGCUCUGGUCGGUCUGGUGGACUACCCCGAUGACGAGGAUGAUGAAGACGAGGAUGAGGAGGAAGAGGAACAGUCUCCCAGGAAGAGACCCCGUCUCAGCUCCUAAGGCCACGUGUUGUCUUUUCUCCCCCAGUGGUGAUGUGAAGGACACAAGCUGCUCCUCCUCCUCCUCUGGUUGUCUCAGUGGGUCCUUGAGGAGACCAAGAAAGACCUCAUCACCUUGACCAUCGCAGCUCCUCCUGAUCUCUGCUCCUCUGCCCGCCUUGUGAAGAGAAAGACCCAGAACCUUCUGAACCACCACGUCUGUGGAGCAAAACUCGUCCUCCCAGAAACAUUUGAACAUUUGACUCAGAAGAGAAAGUCCUCGGAUUGAACUCUGUCCACCCUGGAGCUUCGGGUUAACUCACAAACUGCCAGACGGGCCAGUCAGGCUAGCAGGACUAGCCCGUAGAGUUUUAGGAAGCUUGACUGAGCCGCUCCAUUGAGGACGACCACGCGAUGAGACUCUUGAGCCAGAGGAGCGGGACUCACAAUUACACACACACACACACACACACACUUGCAUUAUCUCUCGCUCACCAGGAUUCAGACGACCAAGUAAGAUUUUUUUUUUUUUUUUUUAUAAACAAGUCAAUUGCUCCGAUCUGAUGUUCACACACACCCACCCGCCGGUUCAUAUCCGGUGCAAGUUGUCAGUUUAAAAAAUGACAUUGAAACUGCAGUAAAGUUUUUUUUUGUGCAGCCACCCAUUUUCAAAAGUCUGAGUUUUGUAUUUUAGGAGAUUUUUAAAAAAAAAUAAUUCAGUAGCAUAGCUGCAACACAGAGUUGUUUAUCACGAGCUGAUGGUCCAGAAAGUUCUCCAUGAGAUCGAUCCAGAUGUUCAUUAGUUUUUUUUGUCUUAAUGUUUAAAAAAAAACUAAAUUAACAUUUUUCUUUUUGUUUUAACCUGGUCUGCUCAUGUCAUACUUGUGGAGAAGCUGAAGCAUUGGCAGUGAUGUUCUCCAGCCCAGGAGCGGCAGAGGGCAGGAAUCAAACCUCACACUCUUCAAACACAUGUAGCAGCAACAGUGGAGGCACAAGCAGAGAUUUUUAGGAACUUUUUUUUUUUUUUUUUAAUUUUUGUCGGCAUCAGGCAACAUUCUGACCUUCUGCUCACACCUGAUGGAUUUGUACCAAGUGCAUUAAUUACCACUAUUCAUUCUUAACAUUUGUAUGACUUUAUUUGAUAAAUUUUGGAAUUAAAUGUGACCCUGGCA